AUGGGUGAUGAGGAUCAGCUGGAGCGAGGCAAUCAAGACACAGGUUCAAUACUAAAAUUCAUCACAAAGGCCAGCAGCACCAGCACAGACCCUGCUAAUGUUGAGCCAGCUUUAGAGGACUCCAGCACAGACCCUGCUAAUGUUGAGCCAGCUUUAGAGGACUCCAGCACAGACCCUGCUAAUGUUGAGCCAGCUUUAGAGGGCCCCAGCAAAGAUUCUGGUAACGUUCACCCAGCUUUAGAGGGCCCCAGCAAAGAUUCUGGUAACGUUCACCCAGGUGAAGCAAGCACAAGCACAGAUCAUAGCCAUUUAAAAACAAGUGCACUGCCAGUAGACCCUGCAGACUGGCCUUCUGUUUUAACAGACUGUCUUAGAAUUGAGUUUGUACAAAGAGGGCCAUUCAAUCCAGGACCAAAUUUUUCUUACCCAAAAGAAAAAUCCAGAGGCUUCCAUUCAGGUCUUUGUACUAGACAGCUUUCAAAUGGGGAAAAGAUUUCCAGAAGCUGGCUUUCCUACUCUGUGAAGAACAACUCAGUGUUUUGCUUUUGCUGCAAGCUUUUUUCAUUAAAAGCUAUUAAAAUUGUUACAGAGGGUGUGAGUGAUUGGUCUAACAUCACAUCUAUUCUAACUAGUCAUGAAAGUAGCUCAGAUCAUUCCAAAAACAUGAUCAAAUGGAGAGAGCUUGAUGUCCGUUUGAAGCAAGGUCAAACGAUUGACAAAACUCAGAUGGCACUCAUGGAUGCAGAGAGGAAGAGAUGGCGAGAAGUUCUUACCUGCUUGAUUUGUAUUAUUCAGUCUCUUGCAGAAAGAAAUUUGGCAUUAAGAGGGUCAAGUGACAAACUCCACCAUCAUGAUAAUGGAAAUUUUUUGAAAGAAGUGGAACUAAUUGCAAAAUUUUACCCGGUGAUGGAAAAUCAUCUGAACAGAAUUCAAGAUGCUGAAACUCAUACUCACUACCUAGGCAAACACAUCCAGAAUGAGCUGAUACAGGUGAUUAGUGGCAAAAUCCUGGAGGCAAUAGUUGCAGAUAUCAAACAGUCAAAAUAUUUCUCCAUCAUUCUUGACUGUACAUCUGACAUCAGUCAUCUAGAGCAGAUGUCUAUUAUUCUAAGAACUGUUUCUUUGAAAGGAGAACCUGUCAUCCAGGAACACUUUCUUGGUUUCGUGGUAGUGGAGGAAACAACUGGCCUUAACCUGUCAAAUGUCAUUUUGGAUGAACUCCAUAAACUAGGUAUUCCAUUUGAAAACUGCAUAGGACAGGCAUAUGACAAUGGGGCGAACAUGAUGGGCAAACGCCAAGGUGUGCAAGCCAGGUUACUGAAGCAAAAUCCAAAAGCCUUGUGUGUACCAUGUGGGGCCCAUACCCUAAAUCUUGUGGUAUCUGAUGCUGUCAAAUCCUCAAAGGAUGCUCUUGGAUUUUUUGGAUAUGUGGAAAAGAUUUUCACCUUUUUCUCUGGCAGUACCCAGCGAUGGAGUCUUCUUAAGAAGCAUGUGAAUAUAACUGUAAAAUCAUGGAGUGACACCAGAUGGGAGAGCCGACUUCAGAGCAUUAAUGCUAUUCGAUUCCAAGCUUGUGAAGUCCGAGAGGCACUAGUUGAGGCCAGAUGUGCACUUCAUGAUCCAGUUGCAAAGGUUGAAGCUCAAGCACUUGCAGAAGAAGUGGGGUCCUACAGAUUUCUAAUUUGCUGUGUUGUCUGGUGUGACAUUUUGACUAUAAUAAAUCAAGUAAACAAGCUCCUCCAGGCCUCCACUAUGCAGCUAGACAUAGCAGUUGAUUUGAUCCAAAAAGCUGAGUCCUCCUUGAGAGAAUACAGAAAGUCUGGAUUUUCUGAUGCUCAGACUACAGCAAAAGAUCUCUGUGAACAAAUGAAUCUGGAACCAGUGUUGAAAGAAAAAAGGCUAAGAAGCACAAAAAAGCACUUCAGUUAUGAGGCAUCAGAUGAACCCAUAAGUGAUGCUCUAAAGAAUCUUGAGGUACACUUUUUUAAUGUGACUGUUGAUUCUGCCCUGAUGUCUAUUGGAGAGAGGUUCAAGGCUACUUCCCAAGUAAUGAGCAGAUAUGGUAUACUGCUAAACUUUUCAGGGGCAUCUGAGUUGUCAAAAGAUGAUCUGAGAAGACACUGCAUGGAAGUGGAGAAAACUCUUACUAUCAAUCAGCAAAGUGAUAUCAGUGGUGAAGAAAUGAUGCACGAAAUUCAAAAUCUGCCUAACUUGCCUUCUCUGAAGAUGACUGCUUUUGAGCUGCUUUCUUUCCUCCAUGAGAAGAAUUUAGAGGAACUUUUCCCCAAUCUUUGGAUAUCACUUAGAGUAGCAGUCACCCUGCCUGUGACUGUUGCAUCUGCUGAGAGAAGCUUCUCCAGAUUAAAACUAAUCAAAACCUACCUCAGGUCAUCUAUGUCCCAGGAGCGAUUAAGUGGACUUUCCAUUAUAGCCAUCAAUCAUGAUGUGGGCCGACAGCUCUCCUAUGAUGACAUUAUUGAUGACUUUGCAAUGCGAAAAUGCAGAAGAGUCCAAUUCUAGUAAGCUGCAAUGUGCAUUUGUUAUAUUUGUAUUAUAGUAACUUUCAAUUUGCAUUUGUAAUGUUUAUAUAAUUUUUUAUUUUAUUGUUCUGUAAAAUUGUUGUUCAGUAUUUAAUUUAA